AUGGGAAGGCAAGGAGAGAAUAUCCUUCUUUAUUAGUUCAUAUUCUUGAAAGGAAUGGCAUUUAUCUAUUUAGCAGCGUUCUUGUCCAUUUUUUAUGAAAUAAAUGCUUUGAUAGGUUACGAUGGACUUCUUCCUGUUCAUACCUACUUAAAAAGAUUAAGUAAUAAUGGAAUUAAUAAAGACAUGAGCAUAGUGCCAACAAUUGUUUGGUGGGCACCUGAAAUUAUGGAGUACAUUAAAAAAGUUGUUCCUUCUUUGUCUGAAUUCGAUAGCUACGAAACUCUCCUUCAUUUAAUUUGCUUAAUUGGAGUAUUAUUGAGUCUUUUAGCUUUGCUAUCAAAUAAAUUUAUGAACUUCUUGGUUUAUUUGAGCCUCUGGUUUUUAUAUUUAUCUAUUUUCUCUGUAGGAUAACUAUUUUUCUCAUUUUAAUGGGAUAUUAUGCUUUUAGAAGCUGGUUUUCUUACUAUUUUUAUUACUCCAACUGUCAGAAACGGAUAAUUGAUAGUUGAUGAGAUAUCUUCAGUAACUAGAGAUUUAUUGAAAUGGCUUUGCUUUAGGUUGAACUACGCCAGUGGAGUUGUCAAACUAACAAGUUAAUGUCCUACAUGGUGGUAAUUGACAGCACUUCAUUAUCAUUUUGAAAGCUAGCCUCUCCCCAAUCCUAUUUCAUACUAUUUUCACUAGCUGCCAUCUUGGUUGAAGAAAUUAUUCGUAGCUUAGAAUUUUAUUACUCUAAUAGGAGGAUCUUUGCUCAUAUAUUCCCCUUUUAGAAGAUUCAGACAGUUUGGUGGUUUAAUGCUUCUCAGUGAACAAUUUAUGAUAAUCUUAACUGGAAAUUAUAACUUCUUUAACUUCUUAACUGUUUUGGUCACUUUAGCUACAUUUGAUGAUAAAUUUUUAAAGUAUUGGACACCUAAAUUUAUCUUAAGUCUACUUGGAGACUACAAUGAUUGCAUCAAAAAGCCUUUAAAAAAAGAAACUAAAUCUAAAGAUUUAAAAAAUGACCCAUAUUCCCCUCUAAUGAAAAAAUUGAAGCUACUAAUUUGCAUUUUAAUAUUUAUUGCUAUGGUUAUCUAUGCGUACUUAACAUAUUUCCCAUUAGAAGCUAUUUUUGAAAAUGGUAAAGUAGACUUCACCCUUGCAGAUAUUAGAGUUAAUUUAGUCAAUGGAAAAGUCCCUAUUGUAGCUUUAAUAGCUUCUAUGUUAUUUUGUGUACACAAUCUCUUCUGUUAUUCUCUUAAAUAUAAUAGCUAAAAGAGCGUUAUUGUUAACACAAAAAGAUUAUUUGCAAUUACCUUUGGGUUUAUUAUGUAUAUGCUCACUUCCUACACAUUCUUUGCAGGAUUGGAUAAAGAAAUGUUUUAAUUCCCAUUAAACAUACCCUUGUUAUCACAACUUUAAUAAUAGUCUCAGCCAUUCCACAUUUCUAAUAGUUAUGGGUUAUUCAGAGUUAUGACUGGUAUAAAUGGUAGAGAAGAAUUAAUUUUUGAAGUGAGUGAAGAUGGAAUUAAUUAUCAUGAAAUAACACUUUUUUAUAAACCAGGACCAAUAGAUUAACCAUUAAGAUUUGUUGCACCUUAUCAUCCUAGAUUUGAUUGGCAACUUUGGUUCUCAGCUAUGAGACCUCAUAUUAAUGAAGCUUAUCUAUUAAACUUCAUGUUCAAGCUGAUAAAUAACAAGCCUAGUGCUCUCAGUCUAAUAGAUCAUAAUCCAUUAAAGGGAAAGCAAAUAAAUUUCUUAAAUAUUAAAAAAUACAUUUAUUCUUACACUACUUUAGAAGAAAGAGCUAGUACAGGUAAUGUUUGGAAGAGGAAAGAUCCAUAGAUAAUGGCUGAAAGAGUUAUGAGAGUGCAUAAUAACUUGGAAAAGAGCUUAAAGCUAAUGAAUCAAGAAAUAGAUACUAAACGUUAUCCUAUUCACAUUUUGAGAGAAACUGUACCCCUAAUUGAAAUAGUGUGGACUCUUUUAGUGCUAAUUUUCAUUAAAAAUUUCCUCAAGAACAGAAAGAUAAAAGUAUGA